AACAAUCGGACGGAGGAGAUUGGAAAUUCCGUUUAUUUUAGUUAAAAUUACUUUUCCUAGUUUAUUUUACUGAUAAAGUGGACAUGUCGUCAGCACAAGUCCUUUCUAACUAUAUUAACAAGCUAAGGCACCCCAUUACAGAAAUUCGUGAACGUUCUCUUAAACUGCUACUUACAAAGUUGACUCUAGGCUGGGAAUUGGAGGAUGAACUGUCUAGCACCAGAGAUCUCAUCGAAGCUCUGGUGGACUGGUUUCAUAGCUCACAACCGUCUUUACAAAGAGAGGCACUAAAUUUAUUUAUCCAAACUAUCAAGACUAAAGGAGGCACUUACAUAGCUAAAGAAAUUGGCAUCAGAAAUUUGCUAAUUCGUUUGGAUAAGGUGAAACAUAAAAUAACAGAUCCCAAGGCAUUAGAGACGUUUGAAGACUUGAUUGAAACUUUGAAAUUUUUGAGCACAGUUGAGUCUGCUGACAAUGUCGCCAUUCCAAGGCUUGAUUUGCCUUCUACAAACAGUUCUGAAAGUGGGCAAAACAGUAACUACUACAACAUAGAUCCUAACUUUCCAACAUCUAAAGAAACCUCUGUUUCUAAUGAAGAAAUUGAAAUAAGGACUGAAAAUUAUGUAUAUGAAACAACUGAAUGCAUAAAAGUUCUGCUCUUCCCAUGGGUGGAACUGAGUGCUUCAGAUACAAAAACAAUGCUUUUGAUUGAGGAUGCAUUGAAACUACUCAAGUCAGUGCGUAGAUGUUGUCGGUUUAUCCGUGAUGUGUUCCUGCAAGAUUUUCCUGUUGAGAUCUUUUUGAAUAGGCCUGCAAUAAUAAAAAAUCUCCUCUCAAUAGCCCAAGGAGAUCAUGGCAACCGUCCAGGUGAGGCAUUGCAAGUACUUCUGUUUGUUACAAGGGCUCUGCGCAGAAGACUUCUGGAGCUUACGUCUAAAGAUUUGAUCCAUGACACUAACAAGCUUCCAGAAGAUCAUAGAGAAGUGGAAGAUCAUUUGAAUAAUGAACUGGAAAGGAUGACAAGUAGUGUUGAUAUAAAUGUAGUGCAUCAGGACGAUGGCUUAACAGCACUACGACAGUUACCAGCUGCAAUCUAUGUGCUCGAUACCCUCCACGGUGUAAUGUCGACCAUGGCUCGCAAUGUAGCCUCAACAGAUGUGAGUCAUAGAUCUGAAAUAUUGAAUUUGAAAGAACUAAAUACCUGCUUAGACUUAGCAGAAUCAUUAAUAGAUUUACUGCUAGAUUGUGUUAGUGAAUCUUUUUGGUGUGUGGACCACUCAACGAAGACCCACAGAGACAUAGCACACAAGAGCUGUAUGGUAAUGCGAUUGUUAGGAGAUCUUAUAAUGAAAUACAAGCAGUCAUUUCUAGACGACCCCGAGCAGUUUCACCGGCGCGCAGUGUGGUUGCGCCUCGUUAACUGCGCUGUAUCUCUGCUGUCUUGGGCGCGGCAGUCAGCGCUACCGCCGACGGCACUGGUGACCGCCCUACAGUCAGCACAGCUGGACCCGGCGCUGCCUAUACUGUAUCCUGAGAUGAGCGACAAGAUUGCCUUGGCUUUGCAGACUGCCAAAACUUCAGUUGACCACGAAUACAAAAGCAAAUACAGAGAACUAACGAAGCUAACUGCUAGCAUGGAUGACGCUGUAUGCUUUAUGAAGAACAAAAACUCUUGUCGUGACUCUAAAACCGUUUUUACGGUGAUUAAGAAAUCCCUACCUGCAUUGGAGCUGCAUAUGAGUGAAGCAUAUCUCAGUGAUGUAGCUGAUAUACUGCUAAAAAGGACUAAAGACUGGAAUUUAGACGACAGUGAUUGGUCCAUCGCGCGAAGUAUCGCUCUCAGCCUGAUGGCUCACAAUGUUGAAUGGGUGCAAGCUAAGUUCUUCUCCUAUAUGGUGGACAUGGUGCGGUUUGUACUGGUCGGAGACGACGCCAACCAGUCGGAAAAUGAGAAAUGUCUUACGCUGCUAUGUGAUGUCGGGAUCUUGACUGAAAUAUGCUGUCAUGGGCUCUCGUCAAAGACAAAAUCGGUGGAAAUAAGUGCGAGCGAGAUAAUGCUGUACCUUCUCCGCGGGCGGCUGGUGCUGAGCGAGGCGUGCUGGUGGCGGCUGCUGGCCAGCCUGCUGCCGGUGCUGCCGCUGCUGCACGCGCGCGCCGAGCACGACACGCAGCUGGGAAAAGCGAUAUGCAAAUCUCUGGAGAUGGACAUCGCUGAGUGCAUGGGCGUCUCUGCUGUGGAGGCAGCGGCGGGGUUGGCGCGACUACUGUUCAUACGCUGCGUGGCCGUACAGCUCGACGCGGCGCACGCGCUUUGCCUGCUACUGGAUGACGAGAGAUAUUUGCCUCCGAAAGAAGCUUUGCGGGCUGAUGUUCUGAUGAACGCUUUGAGACGCGUCCAACCGCAGGAUUUCAACGUCGACCAGAAUAGUUCGCCAUCUAAAAAUCCACAGACUACAGGCCUAAUGCAGAUUCUAGACGUUCUAAAGCAAGAUAUAGUAUUAGACCAGCACGGCACAGAGUACGUGAGCGGAGGCCUAGUCCGGCCGACGCUGGAGCCCUCGCUGCGCCGGAGCACCCUGCAGCAGCUGUCCGUGAUGAUGAGACAGCAGGAGUUACAUGAGGCCUUCCUGCAGGCCGACGGCCUGAGGCUCGUGGUGGCCAUCCUGAGGAUGUCACUCAUGGUCGACGAUUAUUUGGCAUUCCCGGAGUGUGCCAUAAGCUGCGUGUCCAUUUUGAACAGCGUUUGCUUUGCCAGCCGGCACAGCUUGGCUAAGAUUACUGAUUUACCAACUCUACUGAUCCGAGUGAUCCUAGUGUUCCCCGCCAACGACUCGGCCGUGUUGAUGUCAGCUCAAGUACUAGCGCUGACAGUGUGGUCGGGCUUCGCCCUGCAAGAACUGGACGAGAACAGGCGCCGCGUGCCCGCGCUGCCCGAGUGCGUCACGCAGCGGUGCGCGCUGCCCUUUACAGCCACAAGUUAUUGGGCGACCAGUCCUAAUGCUGGGCAUUCGGCUGUGGAAUGGCUGACAUCAGACGAAGCGUGGCGCUCCACGAUACGCGUCCGCUGGUGGUGCGCCUACGAGGGAUGCGCCCGCGUCCUGUGCGGCGCGCCCCCGCCCCCCGCGCCCCUCGCGUUGCGCCCUGCGGAUCAAGACCGAGCUCUACUAAGGGCCUCGAGCCCUGGACACGCUGCCGUUACUGCGUUGUUGGCGUUGGAGAAUGCAACGUCACACGCGCAAGUGGCUGACGCGCUAUGCUUGCUGGAGAAUUAUGCGCACCUCAUGCCUCGCUCCUCGGUGACGGGGGAGCAGUUUGCCGCGUUGCCAUGGCAACACAUGCGCCGGUUCCUACGCGCUCCGCCCGCUUCUAUCCGAGAUGCAGCGUUGUUGACUGCAGUCAUGCAUUUCAUACUCGCUUAUAUGGACAAUGUGCCUAGCAAAGGAGGAACAAUGUCCUGGAUAAAGUCAUCUUUCAUCGGCAACGACACGUCCGUGAUAUCGCUGCUUAGCCGUGAUCAGUUGCUUCCCCAGCAGACGCCGCAAGAUGGCGUGGAAGUGACGCAACUCCACAUACACAUAGUGAAAGUUCUGCUGCGAUGCGUCAAACUGCUGGAGUAUGAUGACUAUGACAGCAAUAAACUGGAGAGUCUUUUAAAGAUACUGCUCGCGUGUCUAUCGAGAAUAGAUUUGAAAAAUUUUCACGCCUUAGGAUACCUUAACGAACUGAUGCGUUGUAUAAGAUACGUAUUGCAUUCUCGGUACUGCAAGCUAUCUGAAGACACUCUAGUGCAAUGCUUCAAGAUCAUAGCUGAAACGCUCAGUGGUUGCGCAUCGGGGGGAGGGAGGAAGGGACACGCGUGUCGACUGGAUGCCAUACUCUCUCUACUUUCUCUAUUGAAGCAGGCACAUCAAGAAGGAAUACCGGUUCAACGAUGGUGCGAAGCGUGGAGCAGCGAAGCGGUGCAAGCUGUAGUAGGUUGCAGCGCGGCGCAGAGCGCUCAGUUGCGAGCAGCUGCGCUUGCAGCCAUGGCUGCGCUCGCGCACCAUCCGCAGCUGAUGCCGCACCUGAUGCAGGCAAUACAAGAAGAAUCGCUCUGUGCUUUCGCGGCCCGUAUCCUGAGCAAUCGGCGCGAAGCUAACGUGUGCCGUGCGGGCGCGGCUUCCCUGCUCGCUACGAUCGCGGCGCGCGCGUCCCCGCAUUGUGACGUUUUAGAGAGCGAUUGUCUUGACCAGUUGAAAAUUAAUAACAUAUUGGACAUCUGCAUCGAAAUACUUGUCGACUUUUGCAACGAGAAAGAUUACGAAAAAUCUCUAGAGCCAAACGUGCCCUUGUCCAUACUCGAAAGGUUCACGGAACUCGAGGUGCGUUCGCACAAAUGUGGGGAUGUGCACGUUUCUCCCUCCCUGACUUCGUUCCGUGGCGCGCCGCCUCCUAGUGCGGCGCUAGUGAGCGCAGUAGCUGAUAUGAUGCAUAACGUCAGCGCCUUUGCGCAUGCACCGGUGCAAGCCUGGAACGAGAAGGGUCUUUAUAGACUUCUUUUCAGGUGCGCGUCUCUAUCAAACGGUCCCAAGACCGAUAUACACCGGGUGCGGGCGGCGUCGUGUCGCGCGCUGGUUGCUGCGACGUCGCACCGUUGCGUACGCGCAACUCUCGCUUCAACCAAGGAUUGUCUGCAUAACAUGCUGCUCACGCUCACGCCAUUACCAGAAGAUGAAAUGGACGCAGAAUGCAUAUCAGCCCGUACGCAGGCUCUGCUGUUGCUAGCGUCGCUUCUCAGCGAGCGCGGUGCCGCCGACAGCGUGUGGGAAAACGUGCUCGGGAGUCGACUGACUUCUUUCUUCUGCUUCCUGCUGCAGUGUCUGGAAGGCGAUGAACUUGAGCUUCAAGCCGCUGCCUUGUUUUGUUUGACACAACUGGCCCAAUCCAUGACGCAGAAGCGACACAUGGACAAGUCACGUGACGAGUCCAGACUUCAGUUCUUCGAUAACCUGAAAUCGACUUCAUCGUCUCAUGAAGUAGAAGAAAGGAACGGUGGCGGAGACAGUGCGAGAGACGAUUGCCGUCCAGAGUACAUGGCAGAAGAAUUCUGUAGAGUAUUGAUCAGGCUGUACAGGAAGAUCUCGCUGGAAAACAAGAAGUUUCAGUGCAGUCAAGAUGACCCAUGGACUCGCGUGUGUUCAUCCCUAUCAUCGCUACUCUCCGCAAGCGGGCGGAGUCGAGCGUUCGCAGUACACCGCGGGCUUCCUUCGACGCUGCUGCUGACGCUGCAAGCCGUGCGCGACCACCUCUCCGUACUCGGAAAGCCGAUAGAGACCAUCAAGAACGCCAACCACCACCCAACGCUGCGGAUUCUCUACUGGCUGCUCAUAGUCAUCAACAGCUCCAUGGUACAGUGCCCAGCGUCCAAGGACUCGUUCGCUGAGGCCGGUAUCGCGGUCUCACUGAACCGACUGUGGGCGUGGUGCAUGAUGACUGAGCAGUUGCGGCGCGCGGUCGUUGACCUGUUGUUUAACUUUGCCAAUGAAUGUCCUAAAGCUUGGUCAGCGAUGGCCACGUGUGUGGGUAGUCGCAACUUGAUCACGGAGGUGUGCGCGCUAGCCUGUCGCGAGGCGGCGCUAGCGUCGCGCACGCACACAGACAACCUGCUGCUGCUGUGUACGCACACGCUCAGGCACUGCGUGAGCCAUCACCAGUGUCGCGCUAUCAUUAUAAAGAACGACGUGAUACCAUCCAUCUACAAAUCAAUCGUGCGAGACCGCGGGCGCGGCGGUGGCAACGCGGGCGUAGCCUGGGCCAAGCUGUGUUCCGUCAUCGCGCGCUACCCCGACGGCGCCGGCGCAUUGCUGACCCUUAGGCCGCUCCUGCCGGCACUGCCGCCGGCUCUGCGGGCCCACCUCAUGCCGGCCCUGGCACACGCCGCUCAUCAUCAUAGGACUACGUUUCUACAGUCGCCGGAUCUCCUAGAGUUGCUGUCGGGCACGCUCCUUGCCGGUGACACUGCCGAGGUGGUGUCGGCUGCUCGCGCGGUGUGGACGCUCGCCGCCAACAAUCAUAAGGCCAAAUUAGUGCUACGCAGCGCAGGCGUGGCGGCGUCCGCGCAGUCAGCGCUGCAGCGGCUGCAGCGAGCGACCGACCCCGCCGCCCGCAGAGCGAGCGAGCUGCUUCUCUACACUACUAGCGUGCUGCGGGUCACGUGAUAUGUUGGACUAGUGGGGAAAUGUGGGGAAUUCCAAAAGAAGAACACGAGGAUUUGAUAGGGUUGGCCGACAUUCCAUUGUUACGCUUUUAUACAUAGCUAAUUACUGUUUUUCUACGAUUAUAGUCUGGUCCGUGAGCACAUAGAAUUUUGUCCAAUGACCCCUAGCUACCCAUCCUUAUCGCUCGCGCGUAAUUAUGUUGCUAUCGC